GCUGCCGGCAAGGCUCAGAUCGCGAGUGCAGCCAUGGCCGGAGCCCCCUCCCUGGCCCUGCUCCUGCUGGGGCAGCUCCUGGCCACGACCAUGACGGAGGCACAGAAAAUGGGACCUCGAGGCCCCCCUGGCCCACAAGGGCCACCUGGGAAGCCGGGCAAGGACGGCAUUGACGGAGAAGUUGGCCCUCCAGGUCUGCCUGGGCCCCCGGGACCAAAAGGAGCUCCGGGGAAGCCAGGGAAACCAGGAGAGGCCGGGCUGCCAGGCCUGCCCGGGGUGGACGGUCUGACUGGGCAUGAUGGACCCCCUGGACCCAAGGGUGCCCCUGGAGAACGGGGAAACCUGGGACCCCCAGGGCCGCCCGGGCUGGGGGGCAAAGGCCUCCCCGGACCCCCUGGAGAGGCAGGGGUGAGUGGCCUCCCAGGUGGACUCGGCCUCCGCGGCCCCCCGGGACCCUCUGGACCUCCAGGCCUCCCUGGCCCCCCAGGACCUCCAGGACCCCCUGGGCAGCCAGGGGUCCUCCCCGAAGGCGCUACUGACCUUCAGUGCCCGGCCAUCUGCCCACCAGGCCCCCCUGGGCCCCCAGGAAUGCCAGGGUUCAAGGGACCCACGGGCUACAAAGGAGAUCAAGGAGAAGUCGGCAAGGAUGGGGAGAAGGGUGACCCUGGCCCCCCUGGGCCCGCCGGCAUCCCGGGCACCGUGGGGCUGCAGGGCCCUCGGGGGCUACGAGGACUGCCAGGGACGCUCGGGCCCCCCGGGGACCGGGGUCCCAUCGGAUUCCGAGGGCCCCCCGGAAUCCCAGGAGCCCCCGGGAAAGUGGGUGACAGAGGCGAGAGAGGCCCAGAGGGGUUCCGCGGCCCCAAAGGUGACCUCGGCAGACCUGGUCUCAAAGGCAUCCCCGGAGUGGCCGGGCCGGGUGGAGAGCCGGGCAUGCCAGGCAAGGACGGUCGGGACGGCGUUCCAGGACUUGAUGGCGAGAAGGGAGAGGCUGGUCGCAAUGGUGCCCCGGGAGAGAAAGGUCCCAACGGGCUGCCGGGUCUCCCAGGACGAGCAGGGUCCAAGGGCGAGAAGGGAGAACUGGGAAGAGCUGGAGAGCUGGGUGAGGCCGGUCCCUCGGGGGAGCCCGGCAUCCCUGGAGACGUUGGUGUGCCCGGGGAGCGCGGCGAGGCUGGCCACAGGGGCUCAGCGGGGGCUCUGGGCCCACAAGGCCCUCCUGGGGCCCCUGGUGUCCGAGGUUUCCAGGGCCGGAAGGGCAACAUAGGAGACCCUGGCCUGCCGGGCCCCCAAGGCCUCCGAGGUGACAUAGGUGACCGGGGCCCGGGAGGAGCCGCAGGUUCUAAGGGAGACCAGGGGAUUGCAGGUUCCGAUGGUCUUCCUGGGGAUAAAGGAGAACUGGGUCCCAGUGGCCCUGUUGGACCCAAAGGAGAGUCGGGCAGUCGAGGGGAGCUGGGCCUGAAAGGCAUCCAGGGUCCCAAUGGCACCAGCGGUGUGGAGGGCCUCCCAGGCCCCCCUGGCCCCGUGGGCUUCCAGGGCGUCCAGGGCGUGCCUGGCAUCACCGGGAAGCCCGGAGUCCCGGGGAAAGAAGCCAGCGAGCAGCACAUCCGGGAGCUGUGCGGGGACAUGAUCAGCGAACAAAUUGCGCAGUUAGCUGCUCACCUGAGGAAGCCUUUAGCGCCGGGAUCCAUUGGUCGGCCUGGUCCAGCUGGCCCCCCAGGACCCCCGGGGCCCCCAGGCUCCAUUGGUCACCCUGGUGCUCGAGGGCCCCCUGGAUAUCGUGGUCCCACUGGAGAGCUGGGAGACCCCGGACCCAGAGGAAACCAGGGGGACCGAGGAGACAAAGGCUCGGCUGGCGUGGGUCUGGAUGGGCCCGACGGAGACCAGGGGCUCCAAGGACCGCAAGGCGUGCAGGGCGUGAGCAAAGACGGCCGAGACGGGGCCCCCGGCGAGCCCGGGCUGCCUGGCGACCCUGGCCUUCCUGGGGCUGUUGGAGCUCAGGGGACCCCCGGCAUCUGCGACACCUCGGCCUGCCAAGGAGCCGUGAUGGCAGGCGCUGGGGAAAAAUCAGGACCUAGAAGCUCCUAAAACAUAACUUAAAGCAGCAAGUGAGAAAGUGAUGCUGAGCUAAGCAGUGAGCUGUGGAAGGACACCCAGGGAUCAGCAGCGUCUGGUAUUAAGGAGUGGACGCCGCGCCGCGCCGUGACGCCAGCAAGGCCUUCCUGGCCUGCCCCUCCGUGUCCUCACUGGCAGCGACUGGACACUUGGUCCCUGAGAGCAUCCUCCAUCCAGCUGUGUCUCUUCGAGUACCGGCAUCGGUCCAUUCAGCUGCCGUCAUACCUCAGACACAGGCCCUACGUGAUAAAACUGUAAACCCAACAUUUGAGAGGACAUAGGUGUACGUAUAAAAAGUUCUGUACAAUUCCACAAGAUAAAAAAUAUUCAGCAACUUGUUUACAUAGCAUUUGUGUAAAGACUAAGAUACAAUCCCAGCAAAAUGAUAUAGUAAAUCUUCAGAUUAAUGACAGCCACAGUGUAAGAAGAAAAUAAAGGCUCCAAUGCACGGUGUCCCUUUCACACAGACGUCUGGUCUGAUUACCUGCUGCUUCUGUGUACAAACUUCUAACUGUGUCCAAUUAACAGUAUUUAUUGAAGGUGACUUUGUAUUGCACUAAAGGCUAUUGGUAUUAUCUGUUGUAAUAAAUAAAGCCACUCAUUUGAAAAACUCA